AUAUUGUGCACGAGGUUCGGCCAAAGUAUCGCAAUCGUAUAUAUAUUUUAAAUAUCUAGGAGCUUAUAAAACGUGAGAAUUCCUCUACCUUUCAGUGUCUAGUUUAAAUUCCAGUGGCACGUCACCUUUGAGCCUGCCAAAAUGGCCGAGAUGGACCAGGAACAAUUGAACAUGUUGAAGAAGGCGUUCACAAUGUUCGACUCCAACAAAAGGGGCAGCAUCGAAAAGGAGAAGGUGAAGACAAUACUGAGAACACUUGGAGCGUCCUACGACGACAAAGAGUUGGACGCGCAAUUAACGGUCGAGGAUCCAAACGAAACGGGGCAUAUCGAUUUCGAGGCGUUUUGUCGCAUCUGUGGGCCUUAUCUCGCGACGGAGGACGACGAGGCACUCCAAAAAGAGCUAAAAGAGGCGUUUAGAUUGUACGAUAAAGCUGGAAAUGGUUAUAUACCGACAUCGAGCCUGAGAGAAAUACUCGCCGCCCUGGACGAUCAACUAACCAGCGACCAAUUGGACGAAAUGAUCGCCGAAAUUGAUACCGACUCGUCCGGCACCGUCGACUUUGAAGAAUUCAUGGAAAUGAUGAACGGUGAAUAAUUCAGUUAGCUGUUUACGGCUGCACUUCAUGAAUAAUCAACCCCGCAAAAGUGUGUGUUGCUGAAAUGAAGUUUUGUUGUAAACUUAACGGAAAUAAAUGUAAAUGAGUGUG